AUGACCCAGAACAUGAUGUGGCUGUCAAUGACAUUCCUGAUAUGGAAGAUGUUAUUGGUGGAGAAGAUUGUUGGUCCUGAUGUGAAUACAAUGUUAUAUCUGCCCUACUCUCUUAAAAAAGCAAAAGUUGAAUUCCAGCUACAUCAACCUUAUGAUGGGUCUGUUCUUAGCAUUGGUUUGAACAACGAAAGGAUGCCUUGCAUAUCUGUUUCGAGCUUAUGUGGCCUGCAGGAUAUCUGUUUGGGAGGUGUUGACAGCCUUGCUUUUGGGGGCCAAUUGAAAAUAAACGAGUCCAAGUCAUGGUUCAGUGUUUCUGCUGGGUUGUCAGUCCGUGCUGAAUUGUUCAGUGCUGGCCUAACUUUUAAACAACCUGUUCAGUUUGAUUAUACUUUCUGCAGCAAUAUUCUCAAUACAAGCACUGUAUUAGGUGGCCUGGCUAGCUAUAGCUAUCUGACCAAUCAAUGGAAAUUGAUUGGCGGAAUUGGUCACACUUUUGACCCCACAUUCAAUAUCAAAGGGCGUAUUGGUAAUGAUAAAACUGCCAAUGCUCUUAUCUCUAAGAAGUUCGCUGGCAAGGGCAGUCUUCAUUUUGCAUCGGAGGUUGAUUUAAAGGAUUUUUGGAGAUAUCCUCGGGUUGGUUUGUCAUUUUCGUUUCCUUAG